AUGUCAAAAAGAACAUUUUUGAGUGGUUGUGAAAAACGAAAAAUAAAAUAUAUUCAUGAACUAGUUCAGGAUGAUGCCGAUGGACAAACAUUAACAUCAAAAUAUAAUAUUGAAACUGAACAAAACAAGGAUACAGAAAAUAAUGUUUGCGGUAUGGGCUAUGAACUAGACUUAAAAUCAGAUUACCCAACCGACCGUGGAAAAUUUGAUGAAGCAGUAACAGAUACAUUGAAAAGAAGCAUACUGAAAUUUGGCUCAUGUAGGCCUAGCAUAGAAUUUCCCAGGACUGAAAACAGAUGCUUUUCUUUACAUUAUUACUAUAUGGUAACAAAAGGUGGUUUAAAAAUUCCACGUGAUUGGCUAUGUUAUUCAGUGUUGUUAGAUGUGGCAUAUUGUGAAACGUGUUGGCUAUUCGCUGAUCGAAUGAGUGGGAAAUUCAAUAAAGAAUGGAUAGAAGGUGUGAGUGAUUGGCAACAUUUAUCCCAAAGUAUACAACGGCACGAAGCAUCCAUACAACACUUGUAUGCAUCUAAAGUUAGAUCUUUAUGGAUUAAAAACCAAACUAUAGAUAUAAAUAUAGAAAAUCAGUACUCUCAAGAGGCUAUGUUAUGGAGAAAUGUAUUAAAACGUAUAAUAAAAAUCAUUUUAUGUUUGACUGCCGGUAAUUCAGGAUUGCGUGGUAAUGAAGGUAGUUUGAAGAUAAAAAAUCCUAAUGAAGGUAAUUUUUUACGAACUGUUAAAUUACUUGCAGAGUUUGAUCCCGUCUUAAAUAAUAUAAUGAAUGACGAAAAACAAAACAUUAAGUAUCUCAGUCCAUUGAUCCAGAACGAAAUAAUAGAUAUUUUAUCUUCUGAUCUUUGUCGUAUAAUUUGUGAUGACAUUAGAUCAAGUUGUUUUUUCUCAGUUAUCAUAGACUCAACACAAGAUAUAACUAAAGAAGAUCAAGUUAGUCUUAUCAUUCGUUACACUGUUGUUGAUUAUGAAAAAAAGCAUAUAGAAAUUAGAGAAUCAUUUUUAGGAGGUCAGGGAUAUGAUGGAGCAGCUGUCAUGAGUGGUACUAACUCAGGUGUUCAAAAAAGAAUUCUUGAAAUAGUACCAAAUGCCACAUUUGUACAUUGUUGCUCUCAUAAUUUAAAUUUGGUCAUAAGCGAUGCUGCCAAAAGUACUAGAGAAAUAUCAACGUUUUUUGAAACUGUUCAAGAUGUAUACAAUUUUUUUAGUUCCAGUGCACCGCGAUGGUCUCAACUAGCUCUUGGAGAAGAAGAAAGUUCAAAAUUAAGAAAAAUAACAUUAAAAAAGGUAUGCGCUACGCGUUGGGAGGCACGCCACAAUGCAUUAUUUUCAUUGAAACAGCGUUUUGUGGAUGUUUUAAAAGCUUUUACAAGAAUUCAGUUAACUAGUACUAAAAAAGAUGAAAUUAAUAUAGCCACAGCUCUUAAAAAGAAACUUGAAUCAGCAGAGUUUGUUUUACUUUUAUGUAUUUGGGAAAAAAUAUUGAAGUCUUUGUUUGUUGUUUCCAAAAUUCUGCAAUCUGUUUCUAUAGAUUUACAACAAGCAUUUGAGCUGUUAAAAAAUGCGCAUGCAGAAAUUUCAAAACUAAGAGAUGAGUAUGAUACAUUUGUAGAUAACUCUAAAACUGUAUGCAAAUUUUGGAAUAUACCAUUUAUGUUUCUUCACAAACGUCAACGAUUUGCAACUAAGUUCCAUGAUGAGUUUGAUAAUGAUAGAAGGCUGACCGUAACAGAAGAUAAUUUUAAAGUGACCAUAUUUAAUCCUUUAAUAGAUACUACUUUACAAAAGCUCAAAGAGAGAUUUAUUGGCAUGCAAGUAAUUAAUGAUAAUUUUGGUAUAUUAAUACCAAACACAAUGAUUACAAUAUCAGAAGAAAAAUUGAUAGGAUCAUCUUAUGAUUUUAUAAAUAAAUACAGAGAUGAUGUCAACUCAGAUUUCACAUGUUAUUGUAUAUUUAUGACUAUUCCUGUGACAUCAGCUUCAGCAGAACGUUCAUUUUCCAAACUUAAACUGAUUAAAAAUUAUCUACGGAAUACGAUAUCACAAGAUCGACUAAACAAUAUUGCUGUAUUAAAUAUUGAGAGGCUUAAUACAUCACGAAUCGAUGUAGAUACUAUUAUUGAUAAAUUUGCUAAUGUAAAAGCUAGAAAAAAGAAUUUUUUGAAAUAG